AUGCCUACGAUCUCUAAGGGUGAUAAGGUGCUAGUCACUGGAGCAAAUGGCUACGCUGCAAUGUGGGCAACACGUCUCUUCCUUGAACGUGGUUAUUCAGUUCGUGGAACUGUUCGCUCCGAUGAUAAAGCACAGGAUGUGAAAAAUUACUUCAACUCAAUUGGGUUAGGAAAGAGGCUCGAGCUUGUUAUUGUUAAAGAUAUUUCCAAGAAUGGCGCAUUCGACGAAGCGGUCAAAGGUGUCGAUGCAAUUGCCCAUAUGGCUUCACCUUUUCAUUGUUCGCAAACCUGCUUAGUCGACGUCGCGACAGAAUUUCUGGGACCGGCAAUUGAAGGAACAGUCGGCAUCUUGAAGAGCGCCAGUAGCACUGGAACAAAAGUGAAGAGAAUUGUCAUCACAUCCUCGACUGCUGCCGUUAUGUCUCCUCCAGAUCAACCAACGACUUUUAGCGCGAGUGACUGGAACACCAAAGAUCCAAAACUAGUUGAGGAGUUUGGAUCGAAAUUACAGCCCUGGACGAUUUACCGCGCUUCUAAGAGCUUGGCAGAAAAAGCCGCUUGGGAGUAUUAUGAGCAGCAUAAAAGUGAAAUCCAUUGGGAUUUGACGGUUCUGAACCCACCAUUUAUAUUUGGGCCACCAAUUCACAAGGUAGACUCCUCAUCGUCACUGAACACCUCUAUGCAGUCAUGGUUUGAUAAUGUGGUGGAUGGGAGAAACAUCACAAAGGAAGAUCUCUCCGAUUCUACAUGCUGGAUUGAUGUCCGGGAUGCCGCUCUCGCUCAUGUCUUGUCAUUGGAAAAACCUGAAGCAGGUGGAGAGCGUAUCAUUAUCACAGAAGGUGUGUAA